GGAAGCGCUCGCCGCUUCUUAUGGACACUUUCGAUUUCGUUUUUCCAGAACCGGACGAGUCUGUUGUUCGGUGUUCGGAGGGAACAUGGCGGGUCUGGAGGUGCUGUUCACCUGUGUCUCCGGCGGCAUCAGCUGCCCCCAGGACGCCGUGGUGUGCUUCGUCCACUGGGAGAUGAUAAAGAGCGGACUCCGCUGCGUCGGCACCGGAGAUGAGCCCCUCAGCACUGAUAAGAAAUCCGAGCUUCUUCCUGCCGACUGGAGCAGCAACAAGGAGCUGUACAGUCUGAGAUAUAAAGCCAGCGACAGUGACACACAACUGCUGCUCAAAGCCAUCACUGUUGACUCCAGCUUGAUCUUCAACCUGAUGAACUCCAGCACAAAGCAGGUGUCAGACUUGACAGUGAACUUCAGCGAUCAUGUGGAUGCUGAGCAGCUGAACACGUUUGACAGUGUCUACAAAGACACAGACAGUCUGUCAGAGAAGGUGAAGACUCAGCUGCUGCCCUCUCAGGACAGACCGACGGGACAGAAGACAGAGGGGAAGAGCCGGAGGGAGGAAGAGGAGCAGGAGGAGGAAAGAAGAAGAAGAGAGAACAGCGACCCCCUCCGUAUGCCCAGCAGACAUCCUCGCCAGGGAACACAGCCGCACUGGCCGCACCCGGACUUGCCUCCUCCUGGUUAUGACGACAUGUUCAUGUAG